AUACAAGAGGAAGAAGAAUAGGAACGAGAAGGAAAAAGAGGGGAUUGUUUCACUGUUGCAACUUAGUGGUGCGACGAUUAAAUAAGCACUGAAAACAAAGGAAGCAACCAGAAAGAAAGUGAGGAUCGCACAGGUUCAUAGAUCAUUGAGUAAAUAUAUUUCUGAAUAAAACAAUUAGAAUGGAGGAGGCUGAUUUAUUCUACCGACAGCUGCCAAAAGUGGAGCUUCAUGCCCAUCUCAAUGGCUCUGUCAGCUUUUCAACCAUCGAGAAACUCGUGGCUCGAAAGCCACAUCUCAACAUCGAACACAGCAUGACUGCUAUUCGCAGUGGUCAGCGCAGGACACUGGAUGAGGCAGACAUCCCAAUUAUUAUUUGCCAAAGGAAGCGACGCAGAGGACGCAGAGCCGGAUGCCUCGUCCGGACCCGCAGAAGGUGUUUCCAGGUCUUCAAAGUCAUCCAUCAGUUAGUAGAUACAGAGGAGGACAUUCUUAUGGUUGCCAAAGAUGUCAUCAGGGAGUUUGCAGCUGAUGGAGUAAAAUAUCUAGAACUGAGAAGUACCCCACGAAAGGAGAAGACCACAGGAAUGACAAAGAGAAGGUAUGUGGAAACAGUCAUCGAGGCCAUCCGUCAAUGUAAAAAUGAGGGAGUUGACAUUGAAGUCAGGUUCCUGGUAGCUGUUGACCGUAGGAAUGGGGCUGAGGUUGCUAUGGAGACCGUUAAACUGGCAGAGGACUUCAUGCUGUCUACCGGUGGUCUGGUGGUGGGGCUGGACCUCAGUGGAGAUCCUACGGUGGGCCAUGGCAGAGAUCUCCUUCCUGCCUUGCAAAAAGCCAAGAACUGUGGACUAAAACUCUCUCUACACCUGUCAGAGGUGCCAUCUCAGGCAGACGAAUCAGAGCUGCUGCUAAACAUUCCACCUGACAGGAUUGGUCAUGGGACUUUCUUACACCCUGAAGUGGGCGGGUCACAAAGCCUGGUUGAUAAAGUCCGGAAGCAUAACACACCUCUGGAACUAUGCAUAACCUCUAAUGUCAAAGGUCAGACAGUGUCAUCCUAUUCUCAACAUCACUUCCUGUACUGGUACCAAAUGGGACACCCUAGUGUGAUCUGUACAGACGACAAGGGGGUGUUCUGCACAGACCUGUCUCAGGAGUACCAGUUGGCCGCCUCUACCUUCAACCUUAGUCAGGAGGACAUGUGGACUCUGUCCCAGAAGGCGAUAGAUUGCACCUUCGCCCCAGACCUACAGCAGCAGCUACACCAGAAGUGGCUGGAGCUACGGCCAACGCUGUUCCAGUUAUGACCGACAGAACGCACUGCUUGACAUCUAUGGGAUCAGAAUCACCAAUCUUGACCAUUUGAGUAGUAAUGAGAUGUAGAUCAGUGAUUC